AUGCUCCUCCUCUGGCCCCUCCUACUAUUCCUCCCAAGCCCAGCUCAUUUGCUGCAGGAUGGGACCGAGAGCCUUCAAAUAAGAAAUCAGCGUGUCUCCAGAGAUACCAAGUCCCAGCCAAUCAAAGUGCUGAUUUCAGAACCUUGUACACAAGGGGACUCAGCUGACCCGACCCAGGGAAAAGAAGUUGACUUGGACCCAGGUUCGCCUUUGGUGCUGACCCACAGGAUUCGGCUGGUGCCUGGCUCUGGGGCGGGCUGUGCGGGGUGCGAGGCAGAAUUUGCCGCCCUGCGAGAGCGUUUGGAGAGGCUGGAGAGGGAGGUGUCCGCCUUGAGGGAGAAGUGUGGGGGCUCUGAAGGUGGCUGUUGUAGCCCUCAGCAAAGCCAAGGCGCGGGCUGCACUACUGUGCGUCCAGAAACAGACGACUGCCCAGACGAGUGCAGUGACCAGGGCCGCUGUGUGGAUGGCAAGUGUGUGUGUUUCCCAGGAUUCAGUGGUCCAGACUGCAGCAUCUCCUCUUGCCCCAGUAACUGCAACAACAAAGGGAAGUGUGUGAACGGACAGUGCGUGUGCGACCCCGGUUAUACAGGACCCGACUGUUCCGCCAACGCCUGCCCCAACAACUGCAACAACAGGGGACGGUGUGUGAACGGAAAGUGUGUGUGCGAUACCGGUUUUACUGGUCCAGACUGUUCCAUGAACGCCUGUCCCAAUAACUGCAACAACAAGGGACGUUGCGUGAACGGAAAGUGCGUGUGCAAUGCCGGAUUUACUGGGUCGGAUUGUGCCGCCAAAACUUGCCCCCGUAAUUGUAACAACAAGGGGCGAUGUGUGAACGGUAAGUGCGUGUGCGAUGCCGGGUUUACCGGGCCGGACUGUUCCACCAAAUCUUGCCCUGAUAAUUGUAACAACAAGGGGCGUUGUGUGAACGGUAAGUGCGUGUGCGAUACCGGGUUUACCGGGCCAGACUACUGCUCGACCAAAUCGUGUCCCGGCAACUGCAAUAACCGGGGAAAAUGUGUGGACGGACAGUGUGUGUGUGACGCCGGGUUUACUGGGCCGGACUGUUCCGCCAAAGCAUGUCCCAAUAACUGCAGCAAUAAAGGACGGUGUGUGAACGGAAAGUGUGUGUGUGACGUCGGUCUCACGGGACAGGACUGCUCGACAAAAGCCUGCCCAAACAACUGCAACAACAAAGGCAGAUGUGUGAAGGGAAAGUGUGUGUGUCGCCGUGGUUUCGCAGAUCCAGACUGCAGUGAAUGCGAGGCAGGGUUCACUGGGGCAGACUGCAGCACUGCUCUCACAGGCGUGUCUCGCCUCAGCACCACAGACAUCACCGACUCCUCCGCCACCUUCUUCUGGACACCACCCUCCGUGCAGUAUGACACAUACCACAUCACCCUCACCAGCAAGAAAGAAGGGGAUCAACAAAUAACAGCCACCGUUGGAGGCGGACUCACCACCUAUACUCAAACGGGAUUGGCUCCUGGACAGGAGUACGUGGUGUCAGUCAAGGGGGAGAAGGAUGGAAAGAUGGGUUCAGAGAGUACUACAGAGUUCACAACCUUGAUCUCUGGUCCCAAAAAUCUUCAAGUUGUGAAGACAAGUACAACAUCUGUCAUUGUCCAGUGGGAACCAGCACAGGGGGAGAUUGAUAGAUACCGCCUCUCUGUCACACUAAAUCAAAUGGAUGGCUCUGGCAGGGGAAGUCAGGAGACAACUCUACCUCCUGAGAGGGAUUCGGCUCAGAUCGACGAUUUAGAGCCAGGGCGUGUAUACGACAUUGCCUUGGUGGCAGAGAGAGAUGGCAGCAAGAGCCUGCCAGCCACAGUGCAGGCAAUUCCUGUGCCUUCAUCCAUGACUUUAGAAAAUACAGCAAAGACGGUACCCGGGAUUGCCGUGGAAACUGUGCAGGGAGCACCAGGAGAGACGCCGGUGAGAAAAAAGCCGAACAAAACGGCUCUCUACAGAAAAAACCAGGGACGGGAUGAGGACGGGAUACCGUCGUCGAGCCGUCCAGAUUCAGGACUAAAUGAAGACGUCGAAAAGCGCAAAGAGCAUCUCCCUGCAAGACUGCGUCCGACACGACCUCUGCUUAACGGAAAGGACAAGCCUUUUGGUAGACCAGGAAGUCAUCCACACACGGGAAAAAAGCCCAGUGGCCCAGGGCUGGCUCGUUUUAACAGGACGAGCACAGAUGGAAAGAAGUUGGGUCCGCCCCCUCUGAGAAAACCAGUAGUGAGGUAUCCAGUGGGGAAGGACAGAGUAAAAGCUCCACAUGGAAAUGUUAAGCCAACCAAGCCCAUAAAUAAGGACAGAAAACCAGCAUUGACCAGCACAGAUGAUGGGAGAGAUGGAGUUCAUUCUCCAGUACAACCAGUCAGAGGAGUUCCAGUAAAUGGCACGCCGACGUCUACCUUACAGAGCAAACCAUAUCUCAGUGAUCCUGAAGACCUCAUAAAUUUACUGAGGGCCACAGAGACCACCGGACCCAGCAAAGACGCGGGUUCAUCGGACAAAAACACCACCGGUCACACCGGCGAAAAGAAAUGUGUAAAAGUCACUAAAGUUUUGGUGGGACACAAAAAAAUACACGUAAAUGGGAUUCCAAAGGGGAAAGCACCCGGCACAGAAAAGCACAUGAAUGAACGCGAGGUCCUGAACAAGGCAGCAGAGGACCCCUCAUCCAGCAGUACUCACCACAUGGACGCUGAAUCACUUGGAAAGGACACUAAACCAAGCGUAAAGGAUGGGCAUCGUCCAUCGAGUAUCACUCCAGUAGUUCCUGCUACACUAUUAAACCUUCACGAACACACCACCUUACCUGACACUCACAGAGAAGAGGAUGGGACAACAACUAGUCACUCUUAUAUUUCUACCUAUCUGCCACCACCUCCUUCACUUCCUCUGCCAACUCCUAAUCCACAACCCGCACAGCCGGAGUCAGAAGACCCACCUGCAGAAACCAACCAGUUAGGGAUAGAUGGACGUCCCACCAUAACCCCUGAGUCCUCCAAAAGCAGACAUCAAGAUACAAAUGUGUCCCCUCCUCCCUCAUCACUAAAAGACAGAUAUCUACUCGGAACAGAAUCCCCUGUAUUAUCCCCUUGGUCCACUAAAAAUAGGCAACCCACGAGAAUUACUGCUUCUGUACCACCACCGAGGAAGAGGUACCCAAGUACCUUUCCUUUGCCACCUUCCCAACCCUCCACCUUUGCACAAGACACAGAUCCAGAGUCGGAACCAGAGGACCGAUACCCGGUUCAACCUGUCUCCACUUCAACCAUUAAAGAUAACAGAAAAGAUAUGAAAAGGCCAGACGGAGAGGGUGUUAAAGAGGCAUCUGAACCUGAAAAGCAUGUGAAAAAGGACACCUUACCCCACUUCCGUCGCACACAACCAAAGGGAACAUAUCCUCGCCGCCCAAAUGUGGGACCGGUCCAAAAUAGAACACGGCCAAAUCUGAGGCCUCCUCAGCACCCAUCCAGAGGUCCGAUACACAGACCUUUCCCUCCCAGAGUCAUAAACAGAGACAAUGGCGCUGGUAGCCUGCCCAAUCCCAGGCAGCCAGGAAAAGUGGUGCGUACCAAUGGCAGUCAGACGCACCCAAGCUCAAGAAUCAAGCCCAAUUUUACACUAAAAAGGAAAAAUGGGACAGCCAUUUUAAAACCACCAAAAGGUCCGACAGGUCCAAAAAUUAGACCACACGAUGAAGACAGUAGAGUCACUCCAACUGUUCACUCAAUAGUCGAAAGUGAGAGCAAAACCGAUACACCACAAGAAAGGAGCAUUGCAGAAACAGAUGACCCGAUAGAUCACGUCGGCGUCCGAAACGAUCUCCUUCCACAGACCCCGUAUUCCGUGUCCCUUAUUGGUGAGGGUCCCGGAGUACGCUCCAAAGUUCACAGUCUCGUCAUAACCACAGGUCCUGAGCCUCCCUCCAACCUUGACUUCAGUGAUGUGACUGAAAAUUCACUCACUGUGUCCUGGAAAAAGCCAAAGAGUACCGUCACAGGAUUUAAAGUCACCUACACUCACAAACAAGAAGGAGAGCCAGUCUCCGAAAUAGUGGAUUCGAAGGGUUCCACACUUCCUCUAUCCAGACUUGCGCCUGGGUCUGUCUAUGAGGUCAGUGUGAUAUCUGUACUUGGAAUGGAUGAGAGCGAUCCAGUCAGAGGCACUGUCCAGACGCUCCCUGACCCCCCAACCAACCUACAAGCCAUUAACGUCACUGACACCAAGGCCCUGUUGCUAUGGAGACCUGCCCUGGCAACCGUGGACCGCUAUGUCAUUGUCUAUGGCUCGGACGAAGGUAAGUAAUAUCCCAGAGGAGUGACUCUGACCGUGUCAGGUAAUGCAGCUGAGAAGCAGCUGGACGCCUUGAAGGAAUCCACGCAGUACACCGUCACCAUCAUCAGUCAGCUCGGAAACCUCCGAAGCACCGGAGCCAACGCCAUCUUCACCACCACCAGCGGGUCUGCAGGGGUAGGGGACGGUCCCAAGGAUCUGACCGCCAGUCAGGUGACGCCGCGUACGGCCGUGUUGUCAUGGAAACCACCAUCUUCAGCUGUGACAAGCUACAAGCUGACCUAUUACACAGAGGGCCAGGAGAUUCAGGAAGUGACCCUUGACCCCACCGUGAAAGAGCACAAGUUAAUGCGGCUGUAUCCCAGGUCCAGAUACAUAGUGCAGUUGCAGGCAGAGAGAGGAGGCCUGUACACAGCGGCCAUAUCCACAGAGUUCACCACAGGGAAUCUGCGGUUUCCCUUCCCGGCCGACUGCUCCCAGGAGCUGCAGAAUGGGAAGCAGCAGUCUGGCAUAGUGGAGGUCUUCCCGGCAGGGAGAGGCGGCCAGUCGGUGAUGGUGUACUGUGACAUGCAGACGGACGGAGGGGGGUGGACAGUCUUCCAGAGAAGGAAGAAUGGGAAAACAAAUUUCUUCAGGCCCUGGCGUGAUUACAGCCGUGGAUUUGGAGACCUGGAUGGAGAAUUCUGGCUCGGUAAUGAGCUGCUUCACAACCUGACUAAACUGACACCUAUGAGCCUGCGUGUGGACCUGAAUUCAGGGACGGAGUCAGUGUAUGCUAAGUACUCUUCCUUUUCAGUGGGUCCUCAGCAGCAGCAUUACACUCUCAGACUGUCUGGCUAUUCUGGAACAGCUGGCGACUCUAUGUCAUAUCACAGCGGCCGCCCGUUCUCCACUCGUGACAGAGACCCUCAGCCUUUCAUCACCCGCUGUGCCAUGUCCUACAGGGGCGGCUGGUGGUACAAGAACUGCCAUGAAGCCAACCUCAACGGCCUCUAUGAUACUCACACCAACCACCAGGGUGUGAUCUGGACAGCAUGGAAAGGAAAAAAUUUCUCGAUCCCUUUCGUCGAGAUGAAAUUCAGGCCAGCAUCUUUCAGACCUUAA